GGGCGGACAGGGAGGGAGGGACUGGUACGCGUCACGUCUCGAUCCUGUACCCUGUCACUGGCACCUAGCCGUCAUUUAUUUCCUCGUCGCGUGUCACGGUGUGCGGUGUGUCAGAGUGUGUCCAGCAGUGUCUGAAGAGGUGGGAGCAGGAGGCAACACACGCUGACAACUGAAGGUGCUGGAGAUAAGGAGGGAGAAAGGGGAUGAGAGGGUUAUCUCCAUUAUAUCGCCGCUGAGGUCCGCUUGCUGUCAGGAUGGUGGAGGCUGUCUCGAAGGAGUCCCAGGAUCCGUCUGGGGUGUCCUACGUCCUGGAGGCGAUAUACAAGCAACAGCAGGAACUUGAGGCUGAUAGCUGGAUAGUACACGAGGUCAUAAGUUUGCUGAGGAAGAAGCUAGAGACAUUCCCCGCCCCGUUCCUGGCCUCGGCGGAGUACAAGCUGGUGGGCAGUGCGGCGGAGAGCCUUGUUGUGUCCAGGAAGGAUGACAAGGACGUGUUGCUGCUCCUGGGCCAACCCUACACACCAAAGUACUUCCAGUCGGUGUAUGACUCUCAUGGGCGACACUUCCUCAAGUGGAACAAAACCCUCGUCAAGGGCACCAAGCCACGCUAUGUGGGGCCCACGGAUUACCUGUCCAUCAUGGCUCUGAGGACUUUCGUCAAUGGCUGCCUGCAAUCGUCCCUGAAGGGGGAGCGUGUGGGGAACCUGAAGGUCAACAAGCUGGAGGUGUGGAAGCAGGCCGUUCGCAUCCACCUCAAGGCGGAGACAGGGAAGCAGACACACAUUAUUGACAUCCUCCCACAGAUCAGAGGAGACCAGUGGAGCAAGGUGGAGGGGGUGGAGCCACUCAAUCGCCUGGGGCCAAUGCUGAGGAAGACUGUGAGUGCGGUGGAGGCGUCCGGAGAGCCCAGCAUCACCUUCUCCCUCUUCGGUCCGGCCGGCACCUCGCCAUCCACUGUCACCACCUGCUUUGCCCUGGUGGAGAAGGAAUUUUUCACCAAGAAUAAGGAUCUACGAAACGUUGCUCUGCUGGCCAAAAUCAUCCUGACGGGCCACAACUGGAAGAACAGGUACGGCCUCAAGAUUGCCCACUUCAAGAGACUCAUCAUGGCCAAGAGUGAACACUUCAGCACCCUCUCGCCCUGGCAGGGGCUGAGGGAGCUGCUUCACACGGCCAAGACACAGCUUCAGAAAGGCUCGCUGGACGGCUUCCCAGAUGUUAAGCGUGACCUCAUGUGGCACAAGACAGACGAGGACUGCCAUGCCGCCGCCAAGGACAUCGUCAAGGUUAUGAUGACCCUUGACCCCCAGUACUUUGCCCUGUACUUGUGCUAAACGUGUCGUAGACUUAAGAGACUAUUGCGAUAAGUAACGCAAUAUUGUGUUUCCAUAGUUUAUGAAAUGGUGAGAUUGUAUUUUCAUGACUUACGGCUCCAAGCGAACCUGUCUCAUCCAUUUUUUUAUUUUUUAUUUUUUUUUAUUUUUAUUAUUUUUUUUUUCCAAGGCCAAGGAUAUUGUUUUAUGGUUUCAUGGAUGGAGCCUUGUCUCAUGUUUUUGAUUGCUGGUUCCAUAAAUAAUGAACCAUGGUUAUUUUAUACUUAGGGUGUCAUGGCAUCAAGGUUGCCGCAGUGCUGGCUCUUUUCUGGCAUCUGUUUAGUAACUUCAUUUGAGAGACUGAUACAAAAACAAGACCUUGGGAGAUGAAAAUUUGAAUAAUAACAGGUCAAGGAAUUUAGAAAUCCUUUUAGCACAAUGAGGAUGUUAUCCAGAUAAAUAUUACAAUACUACAGGUAAGUAUUGCAAUAGUUCUGUCCACACCCAAGUCAUAGAGAGGGACAACCAGUGUUUAUGUGCCUAUGGAGAGAAUUUCUCAUUUUGAAUUGUCAAAUGUAUUUUUAUAUGAUUUAUGAAUUUUAUUUAUUACUUAAGGGUGGUCAGUAAUUUACUAGACAUUCAGAUGAUUUUUUCAUCCUGAAAUUCCAUUUGGCAGUUAUGCGCAUGGGUACAAAGAGUUCAAUAAGGUUUUUGCAUAGUGUUAAUGAAAUGUAUCAUUGCACAACAAUACUAUUCUCUAGAUCAGUGCUGUCCAAACUUUUUCGCCUAUUGUAGCCUUUAUUACCUUCUCCUACUGUUACGUACCCCAUUGUUGAUUAAACUAAAUUAUGUUAUAUUAUAUUAAUAUUAUAUUAUAAUAUAUUUAGGUACACGUACAUUACUCGUCCUUCCUAGGUACCCGUCCCUCCCUCUCUCCUUUCCUUCAUAGAACAUGGGAAGUUUCUGCUGUGUGUGUGUGUGUGUGUGUGUGUGUGUGUGUGUGUGUGUGUUUUCACGUACCCCUUUGAUCUAUGUUGCGUACCCCCAGGUGUACGCGGACCCCAGUUUGGACAACUCUGCUCUAGAUCACCUUUUAAGUACGUGUGAGGUGGGCUGCAAAGCAUCAGGCACUGGCAGUUGCAAUUUUACAAGAUGUUUUCUGUAUUAUGCAUACUGUGUGGUGUGUGUUGUGGGAAAAUAUUGUCUCCCAUGCUUUGGAGAAUAUCUCGGUGUGCCUCAAUAUUGUGAGUGAUCAUUCUCUCUCUGCUGUCAGUUGUGCUGUGAGUGGACGUCUGCACCCCAGCCUCCACUCCUAACAGAUUCAUUUUAUUAUAACAUUUACAGGAAUGUUCAAGAAACUCCUCAUGGUCAUCCAGCUACAAUGUGUAAUUACAAUUGCUAUUCUUCAGACGAAAGUGAAAGCAAGAAGGCUUGUCAGUCUCAAGUGAAUUUUAUAAUUUUUAGUGUUAAUGUUAUCAUCAUUAUUUUUCUCAUCAUCAUCACCCUCAUCCCUCCUCCCACCAUUGGAGUCAUCCCCCCCCCCCCCCCCACCACCAUGAGCUGCCUCACCAGCCUGGGGUCAUCAUUGCCAUGGCUCAGAGUUGCUGGAGAAUGCAUCAACAAGUGUUUAGUGUUAUAAAUGAUUAGUGUGCCUUAAUCAUGCCACACAGUUUUCUGGGAGUGAUCCAUUUGAUGAUUGUACUUUAAAAUUGGGGAACAGCAUCAAGGCUUUUGUUACUUUAUUUAUUUAUUUUUAAUUUUUUUGUUUUAUUUUAUUAUUUUCUUACAGCAAAGGAAACAGUUCAAGGGCAAAAAAAGGAAACUAAUGAAAAAAAAAGGCUGAUAUUUGUUGAUGUGCUUGUAUUAAUAUUACACUUUUCAUUGAUACAUAAAAGUAACAUGUACUUUUUAAUAAGUAUUUUGCAUUUUCCUGAGGCAUGGAUAUGAUGUCACAUUACUGUUGAAGGAUGUAGUUUAUUUGACAUCACAUUUGUUUUGUUAGUACGUUUGUACACCAAGAGGAUUUUAUUUUAGUGAGUUUAUUGUAACCGAAGGUGCUUCCUUACACAAAUUGUAAGUUUCUUUACACAUUGUGUGGCUGUGUAUUCAGAUGUGGCUGUGUAUUCAAAUAUGUACUUUAGUGUUGAGAAAAUAUAUCGAGGUUAAUUUU